UAUGUACCACUGAGAGGAAGCCACCACUUCGUAUUCGCGUUUUCUGUUUAUGUACUCUAAUUUUCUAAUUUUAAGUAAUCUGCAGCAUGGCAAGAGCGUAUGCUUUCCUCGUAACGUAAUAUAAUAUGGAAACUCUUGUGACCAAAUGUCUAUAUUGAUUUUUAAAUAUUCGAAACAUUUAUAUACACGUGCAUAAUUAUAUAGUUUAUGCUAUAAAAAAAAUCCACUCUAGUCGCAUUAUAUAUAUAUAUAUAUGUGUAUAUAUAAAAUGUUGGUAUGUUUGUAUAAGCACGUUUGCGUGUUUAGCUUUAUUCCCGACUUGGAUUGUUAUCGGAAACGCACAUUCCAAGAAGUGCUUUAAUUCAUACAGGAUCCAUAUAUAAUCAGUGCAUUCUUGGGAGAGAAGCAAUAAGUGUAUCUAUCUAUCUAUCUGGAUAAUCUGCUCGUGCGCAUGCAUGACAGAAAAAGGAGAGAGAUAGAUAGAAAAAUAUUCUUUGUGUGUGAGUGUCUUGUGUGUGCUUGUAUGCGUUUGUGCAUAAGUGAAGAAAUAUCUUCUUUUAAUUGAAAGUAACGCGUUAUAAAUUAUAUAAUAAAAAGAAAAAGAAAGAAACCUUGACUUUCUGAACAGGAUCGAAAAGCUAUGGAAACUGAGAUAAACUCGAACCUGCAGAAAGAGGAUUCUCUGUGUUUGAAGUUUAACAAAGCAGCUCAUUAUAUUCGCCAGUAUGGGACUGAUUUGGGAACGAAGAAAAUGCUAUAUUUCUAUGCAAGAUACAAACAGGCAAACGAAGGUCAGUGUCAUACACCAAAACCAGGGAUGCUGCAGUUCGAAGCUAAACAAAAAUGGGAAGCAUGGAAAAGUUUGGGUAAAAUGAACAAAAAGGAGGCAAUGUCUGAAUACAUUUGUGAAGUGCAAAAGCUGUAUCCCAACUGGGAAGAUGCAGUCAAGGAUGAAGAUUCAUUCGAAGACCCUUACAGUCGCAUGAGUCGGCGCACAUUGAGCAAGCUAUGCAGUGCCAAGAUGGAUGUUGACAGUGAGAUUGGCAGUUGGACAAUUUUCGAUAUGUGCAAGGAAGGUAAAACUAAAGAAUUGCAGAAAACUCUGGAGACCGGGGCCAAAGUGAACGACUGUGAUAAUGAUGGUAUGACAUUGCUUCACUGGGCCUGUGACCGUGGUUAUGAAGAUAUUGUUGAUGUUUUGUUGAAAUGGAACUGUGAUGUCAAUGUUAAGGCAACAGAUGGCCAAACACCACUGCAUUAUGCUGCUUCUUGUGAAUAUGAAUCGAUUGUUCAGAAACUCCUUGAAAACCAUGCUGACCCAUCCAUGAAAUGUAAUGAAGGGGAAACACCAGCUGAUGCAACAGAUAACAAACUCAUUCUGACUUUGUUGUCUUCAAAAGGGAGCUGAAUCUGGAGGAAGAAAGAAGAGAGUGCAUGAGAGAGUGAGAAUGCAAGAGAGAGAGACAGAGUGUGUGAGAGAGAGAGAAAGGAAGAAAAGGAAAACUGGUAGGAAUGGAGAAAGGGAGCAAGGAAGAGGUGAACAUGAAACUUGAAACAAGAGAGAUGCAGGGGCACUUUUGUUUGUUGUUAAUUGGUGUUGUUGGAUAUUGAACACAGGCAGCAUUUACUUUUAAACAAGGGCAAUGUUAAACAUCAUGUGCCUUGUGAUAAUGUGACGGACAGGAACGCAAAUCCCUGAGUAACAGUUUUUGUAAGGAUUUCACAUCUUUAAUAAAAGUAUAUAUGUAUGUGUAUAUAUAUAUAUAUAUAUAAUAAUAUUAGGGACAAAAUCCAAAAUUACAGGUAAAAACUCAAUUAAAGUCAUUUAUAAAAAAUUAAAAUUAAAUUGAGCUUUAUAGAUUAAAAUAUAUAUAAAAAUAUAUAGUUUUAAGGAAAAGAACAAAAUUAGUUAUGAAACACGUGUAGUCAUUUUAUUAUCUUUAUCUUAUGAUAUUUACUUUGUUUUAUAUUAUACUCAUUUAUUGUGCUUUUAAUUGUUAAUUUUUCUAUAUGUGAUAGUGGAUUUUCAUUGAUGGGUUCUUGAAACUUGG